ACUCAAGCAGUGAAGCGUAACGCACCCGAUAUAUCUUUCUUGAGAGAGGCAUGGCGGAGCACUUACGGUUAUAGUUGGAGUGCGGUCAGCAAAAUCGAUAACGCUGGGAGGGUGGGAGUCGUGGAGAGGGUGAACCAUUACCUUCCCGAUGAGGAAGGCAAGGCCAAGAUUGGCCGUUUCGCCAAAAACGCCGCCGUCUACGCCUGCCAUGAGGGCCUCAAAUGCCUCCCACUCCCAGGUGGAGUUUCAAUUUACAAUAUUGUUGCACGAUCGCUUCGUGAUGAGAAAACUGAGGAUUAUAAAGAAACAAUAAAGACAUUGCAAGUUAGGAUUGUUAGACUGGAGAGUGAAUCCAAUCAUUAUAGGAAAUUACUUGAAGAAGCCCAAAUGCUCAGAUAUGAUAUUCAAUUGGAAUCUCAAAAUGCACCGCGCCUAAAUUCAAACACAAAUGUUAACCAGAAACCAGAAGAUGUGAUAAGAAUGUUCAUGAUUAAGAAAUUUGUUGGUAGACAUGUUUUGGGACAUCUGAUCGUUCCCGAGGUUGGACAUGAGAAGAACCAGAAAUAGUAUCGAGUGUGUCAGGUAUGAGCAUCAGAUAAGAUUGAUCAUAUGGUGAUGGUUUUUAGUACAUGUUGGCUAGGGCUUCCUGUAUUGAUAUUUGUAAUUAGGGUUGGUAAUGUAAAGCCAUUUUGGCUAUGCUCUUUGUAAUGUACGAAGUGUGUAUU